AUGUCAUCUUCCAAUUCACCGAGCACUCUCUCUCCACGUAAGAUUUUACCUCUUCCCAGUAGAUCACGAAGUAGACAGACGUCAAAAAUCAGGCAAAGUUCGGACCCCAGAUCUUCUUCUAGUGGUGAGGCGGACCAAGGUGCUGCAACACCAGAGAGCUCAAGAGACGAGCCCACAGCUGCAAACCAUCGGAUUGAAAGCAGCAACAGCCCGAAGUCACAGAUUGACUCCGUAUCUGUCACAACUUCGGUUGUAUCAAGAGUUCUUGCAGAAAGCGCUAUAAAGUCAACCCCUAAACCUUUGGAGAGAGAAGAAAGUCAAGAUACACCAACUCGAAACGGAGAUUUAAAGACAGUCGUGACACCAGAUCAUGAAUUACCUCAGCCUCUACAUGCACUAGAAACAGAAGAAAAAAUCACAACCAGCGAUGGCUCAGAAAAUCUCCCCGAAGUUGUGAAAGAUUCUCACUAUAAAUUUUCCUCUGAUGGCAUUGAAGUGCGGGGUAGUUCCAGCUCGCAAAUCAGCCACUCCCGAAGAUCAUCCGAAGAUUCAUUUGCUGAUAGCGAAUCGUCAAACGAAGACGCGAAAUACGCCGUUGAAGAUGAAGAGGCACCAGUCGAACCUUAUUUCACCGAGGAAUUUCAGACCAUUCUUGGAAGAAGCUACAAUAUUGCAGUUCAAGUGGCUAAUGAACUGGAAAAAUUGGAGAAAGUCUUUGAAGAAGAUGUGAAUUUUCGAAGGCUAUUGAAUGAUUCAAAAGGACUGAGCAAAGGCGAUAUAUCGAGUACUAGAACCAUUGCUAUACUAGGUGCAUCGGGAGAGGGAAAGAGUAGUCUAAUUAACUCGCUUCUACAUAUGACAGAGCUAGCUAGGACUAGUGAUGAAGGUUCUGCUUGUACUUCCGUUGUCACAGAGUACAGGCAAAGGAAAAAUAGUGCGCUCGAGCCGUUUUCAAUCGAGGUAGAGUAUCUUUCCAAACCAGAGCGUCAAGAGAUGGUAGAAGAGUUGUUGUGGAGUUAUCGACAGCUGUUUUUCCCAGAUUCAGACAACGAAGGUAAUGCGCUUGAUUCUGAUGAACAGCAACGUAUCGAAAGAGAAUCCGCAGUGGCAUGGUCGGCUCUUGAGGCAGUGUUUAGCGAACAAGAAGAGUUCGAUGUCAAUUUCGUGAGCGACAAGUCGAAAGGUGCAUUCGAAAGGAUCAAGAGCCAACUAUUAGAGUGGAUGCAUAAAAUAGACUUUCCUGCAGAUGAUGAGUCAGGUUUAUGGACAGCUAUUGCGCAUACUUCUGAUGAAUGUCAAGAGCUAACCAGUGUCUUCAUGGAGGAUAAGCUUUGGCCAUUCACUAAGAUAAUUCGCGUCUACCUUGACGCUGAAGUGCUGAAAACAGGCGUUGUCCUCGCCGAUCUGCCAGGUUUACAAGAUACCAAUUUAGCGCGUGUUCGAGCAACACAGAAGUACUUGCAGAGUUGUGAUCAUGUCUUCAUCGCAACCAAAAUUUCCAGAGCAAUUACCGAUACAACCCUAAAGUCAGCAUUAUAUAGUGAACUUAAACGCCAUGUCCCGCUUGCAUGGGAGGAGUCGGGAGGCACCAAUAUCAAUUUCAAAUUAGCUGUUAUAUGUACAAGAUCAGAGGAUAUCAACCCAAAAACGGCAAAGAGGACUUUCGUUGGUAAUGGAAAAGAGAUAUCUUUGAUUGACAUGAAUUCGAUUGACAAAGAUAUCGAGAACGCGAAGCGCAAGGGUGACAAAAGCCUGAAAGAGCACCUCGAACGAAAAAAGUUGUGGCUUUUUAUCGAAGCUCGGAACCGGCACGUUACCAAAGGACUUCAAACCGCGUAUCGACAAAAGACUAUCAACGGGCAUUUAGAUGUUUUUUGUAUCUCAAAUACGACAUAUGAGGACUAUGUAGAGAAAGGUGACAAUGAAAUGAUCCAAAAGAGCGGUAUUCCGGAGCUUCGUCGCUUCUGUCGGAAGAUAACUGCUAGUGCCCAACUUCUACAGGCACUGCAUUUCAUGCGGUCAAGGCUACCAAGUCUAUUGAAUUCUAUUACGCUAUGGUUGGAUUCCAUUCAAGAAGUCUCUCAAGGGCAGGAUGAUGGUACAGGGACGUUAGUAUUAGACUACUAUGAGCAUUCCAGAAAAGAAGCGACUGCGUCAAUUACGAAAUAUAAUUGGGAAUUUCGAAAUGCUUUACAAAAUGACAUGAUUCGUUUCUUUAAUAGGGAAAGUAUAAAGUGGGAAGUUACUGCAAAUAAGAGGGCAGAAGAAUGGGCUGAAUGGCAUCACCAAUCAUACAACGCGUGGUGUAGAAAUAACGGAGAGCACACCACUGUUGCACGGGGUUAUAGAAAUUGGAACGCGGAAAUUCUCGAAAGGAUGAGAAUGGAGUUAAAAAUGAGAUGGAAUCUUCUUGAAGAAAAGAUCCCAAUAAAUAUGGAGAGCCUCCUACAAGAGGUCAAAAAUCAACUUCAAAACUUGGAGACUCACAUCGAAGGGCAAGGCAGAUCGAGCCCAAUGCAGUAUGGCAUUAACUUUCGCAUGCAAGACUUAGAAUACAAUUUCGGCCUCAUACAACAGGAAUUUGAGAGAGGAUUGAGAACAAUUCGACAGCACGUCGAAGAACCAAAUGCUUCGUCCUUUGUUGUUGCGGAAAUGAUUUCAGCUUAUCGUAAAGCCAGCAGUGAAGGAGGCAAAGGCAUGAAAGCACGACAAAUAUCAAUUAUUACGAAUCAAGUCAAUGGCGGCACCAUUUUCCCUAACAUAUCUGCCAAAAUGCAUCAAGAAGCGGUCACCUUGAUCGAUUAUGAAUUCAACAAGCUCAGACAGGAAUUGCAUGAAACCUUUAAUCUGAUACAUAAAGACAUUGAUAUGACAAGUGCUAAGAGACCGCAAUCCCAGAAAUCUGCUGCUACGACCAAGGGCAUAGAGUUGAAAGGAAGAUUUGCAAAAAAGUUCAACAACUUGAGAUUGAAGUAUGAUGAGAUUCUUCGCGUUCGAGAUAGAUGA